CUGGUGCUACUCUCAAAAGACACUUUUUCUUCUCUCUCUCUCUCUCUAACACUGUUGUUUUCACUUUCACACUCAUUCAUUCCAUUAUUAUACCUUUUUCUUCUGUUAGAAACUUCUCUCUCUCUGGAAAGUCCCAGGUAUUCAUACUUUAAUCAAUCCUUCAUUUGUUUUCUUACUUUUCUCUUUCAACCAAUUCAAAACACACCCCAGUCUUUUUCUGAUCAUUUUCUUUCUCUACUUCAAAGAAAGUUACUGUUUUUACUGUAAAACUGUAAAAACAAAAAUGGAUGCUAUAAGGAAGCAAGCUAGUAGAUUGAGGGAACAAGUUGCCAAGCAACAACAGUCUAUACUUAGACAGUUGGGCCAACUUAGCAAUGAACCACUCAUGGCUGAUGAAUUUGAACUUGAAUGUUUUCAUAAACUUCAAAAGUUAUACACUUCUACAAAGACUGCUAAGCAUUUUCAGCGGCAUAUAGUUCGGGGCGUUGAAGGAUUAAUUUCUGUUAGUUCUAAGCAGAUGGAGAUAGUGAGGAAGUUGGCCAAGGACUGUUGUAAGUAUGGGAAUGAGAAUGAGAAUCAAGGUAGUACUUACCCCCUUGCAAGGGCUUCUCUUCAAUUCGGUAACUCAUACGAAAUAUUGGAAAAUGAAAGGGAGACUUUGCUUGGGAUCUUAGGUGAUCAGAUCUCUGAGCCACUGCGAGCACAAAUAACAGGAGCUCCUUUGGAAGAUGCACGCCACCUCACCCACAACUACGACAAACUUCGUCAAGAAGUAGAAGGCCAGGCUGCUGAAGUUUUGAGGCGUCGAUCAAAGUUGAGGGAUUCUUCUCUUUCUGCAGAGAGUUCCAUGAGGCUUCAGAAUGCAGAAAAAAAGUUGAAAGAGCAUAAAUCUGCCUUGGUGGCACUUGGUAGAGAAGCAACUGCUGCUAUGUCUUCAGUUGAGGAACAACAGCAACAUAUAACUCUCCAGAGCCUUUCUACAAUGGUGGACGCUGAGAGAGCUUUUCACCGGCAUGCCCUUGUUAUUCUAGAUAAACUACAUGCUGAGAUGAUCAUGAUUGAUGAGAGACAACCACAAGACUCUACAUCAUUUCCACUGCCAAAAGAGGAACAUAAUCAACCUGCAAAUCAGAAAGCUAAUUCAAAUGGCAUUGGUUAUAAACACAACACCCAAACGGGCACAUACUUUUUUGCAAAGGUCAUACAUCCAUUUGAUGCUCAAGCUGAAGGGGAGUUAAGUUUAUCAGUUGACGAUUAUGUUGUAGUCCGUCAGGUUGCUGCCAAUGGAUGGUCUGAAGGAGAAUUCAAUGGCAAUGCUGGAUGGUUUCCCUCUGCUUAUGUGCUGAGACAGGACGUAGUACCAGCGAACAAGAUACCGGAAUAACACCAAAGUUAUGCCAACAUUGGUCUUUUGAUUAGGUGCAGCAAUAACUGUAUAUUCUCAUAAUCACGGAUUAGGCGCAUUUGAAAGCCACAAUAUCAUGUGAUUGCAAUUUUUUUUGGGUGGUUCUGUGAUCUGUGCAGUAUGUUAUACAUGUAAGCAUAAAUUGUAACAGUAUAUAGCUAUUCAAAUAUGUAGUUUGAUAUAUGAUUUGAUUUGCUUAAGCCCUUAGGGUCAUCUAAGGAACUUAGUUUUUGAGAUGGAUAAAUGUCCAUAUUAUAUAGAAUGGUCUGUAAUUCUAAAUGAAAACAUGGUGAGAAAUAUUGCAUUAACAAAAUUUUCAAUGUA